AUGGCUUCACGAAACAACGCUGAAAACGCUGGUGACGUUCAGCCUCAAGAUGUUCAAUGGAAUAUGAGUGUUAAUGCAAAUGCGUCUUUUUCUAAUGAUAAUGGCAACGGUGCCGAAAAGCUCUCUCAUGAUGCGAUGUCGAACAACCAAAAUGGGGCUGCUACUAAUCCAGCUACCACUGGACUUCAGUUUCACUCUUCCAAUAAUGCCAGUAAUGCCUCCCUUUCCGAUAUUAAAAGCUCUGAUAACAUGAUGCAUGUCAAUAAUGACGAAACAGCUUCCCAUAACAAUAGCACUCUUUGGAUGGGAGAGCUCGCCCCUUUUAUAACGGAGGCGAUGGUCCAGCAAAUCUGGAACUCUCUUGGUGAAAAUGUCAACGUUAAGAUCAUUCGGGACCGAUACUCGGGCCUUAACGCGGGUUAUUGUUUUGUUGAGUUUAAUUCGCCUGCUAGUGCGAUGAAAGCCAUGUCGCUCAACGGCACGGUGAUCCCCGGAACAAACCGAUUCUUUAAGUUGAAUUGGGCUUCUGGAGGUGGUUUACAUGAUCGCCGCGAGGGGAAAACACCCGAAUUCUCUAUCUUUGUGGGAGAUUUAGGUCCUGAGGUUACUGAACCUAUGUUGCUCUCAUUGUUCCAAUCGCGCUAUCGUUCCUGUAAGUCUGCUAAAAUUAUGAUGGACUCCAACACAAAUCUUUCCCGUGGAUAUGGCUUUGUUCGGUUUUAUGACGAAAAUGACCAAAAACGUGCAUUGACAGAGAUGCAGGGUGUUUACUGUGGCAACCGCCCUAUGCGAAUUGCUAUGGCCACACCCAAAAGCAAAAAUCACAUGUACAGUCCAAUGAACAUGAUGCACAUUGGGCUGCAACCCGUUGGAUUCUAUGGUGCACCCCAACCGGUCAACCAGUUUACUGAUCCCACCAACACUACUGUUUUUGUCGGUGGUCUUUCGGGUUAUGUCACUGAAGAGGAACUACGUUUUCUCUUCCAAAACUUUGGUGAAAUUAUAUAUGUGAAAAUUCCUCCUGGGAAAGGUUGCGGCUUUGUCCAAUUCGUCAAUAGACAAUCUGCAGAACUCGCCAUAAACCAAAUGCAAGGCUAUCCACUUGGAAAGUCUCGAAUUCGCCUCUCCUGGGGUCGUAGCCAAGGAGGAAACGUUGGAGCACCUAUUGCUUACCGGUCUCCACCUCAUCACGCUGCAUCGACGGCUUCAGGACUGUAUCACUCGUUGGGUCUUCCUCCCCAGCACCAAUUUAGCCCUUAUGCCUCAGUCGGUGCUUCGGGCAUGCCCAUUCAAUCUGCACCGCCAACUGGUAUGGAAAACGCGCUCCCACCUGCGCCUGGUUUCCUUCCCAACCCUUUGUAUGCCACUGAACACUCGAAGCAAGGUGAUUCAAUGUCUUCGCAAGGGGGUGAUGGCGUUCCUAGCAACUAA